AUGUUUGCUCCAAUAGUUGUUUGGUUGUUUUGUUUUGACCAACUCGCCGCCUUGAAGGAAUUUAAGAGAGCUUUUCAAGCUGGUGAUGUCAUGCUUGGAGGACUCACAGUGUUACAUUAUAAGGAUUCUAACGACAAAUGCGGUUUAGACUUCUUUCCCGUUGGUUUCGGUCACGCUGAAGCAAUGAUCUUCACGAUCGAACAGAUCAACAAUGACCCUUCAUUGCUUCCGAAUGUUACUCUCGGCUUCGACAUCCGUGACUACUGCGAAACUGUGUCUGUUGCUGUUAAAGAAACAUACGAGUUUGUGCGAGAUGCAGAUUUGUAUCAUAUGUAUACGAACAGAAAUUUCAGCAUGGAUAACGAAACAACUUCUUGCUACAGCAAAGAUGAUGUUGCUCCUGUUUCUACAAUAAUUGGACCGUACGACUCAGCCAGCUCUGUUCAGAUAGCGACUCUUCUCAGCAUGGCCAAAAUCCCGAUAAUAAGCUUUGCUGCAACGAGUGAAGAGCUUAGUUCCGAUCAAUAUCCAUACUUCUUAAGAACAGUUCCGCCUGACAGGCAACAAGCGAAAGUGCAAGCAGAUCUAUUUGAAUACUUCAAAUGGACAUAUAUUGGUACAGUAGCUCUAGAUGAUUCUUACGGGCGGUUUGGCGUCUCUGCGUUACAGAAAGAGGCAUAUAAUCGAGGAACCUUUUGCUUGGCCUUUUCAGAGUUUGUUCCGCGUCUUCGUGCUGCCACCGAUAUUAGACAGAUUGUGUCACGUAUUAAGCAGCAGAGAAAUGUCAAAGUCAUUGUGGUGUGGGUCUUUGGAGGAUAUGCGAAGCUGUUCUUUGAGGAAGUUCACAGGCAAAAGCUUGGGAAACGGACCUGGAUUCUCGGUGAUGGAACGAGUACAGAGGACAGCGGACUGCUUGGACCGUAUUUUCGUCUACUGGACGGCGCCCUUGGUGUUCAGCCACGCGAUCGCAAAGAUAAAACUUUCCUGAACUACUUGUAUUCUUUAACGCGGAGUAAAACUCGUUUAGGAAGGAAUCCGUGGUGGGAAGAAUACUGGAAAAAAUUUCGGAAUUGCACCCCAGACGCAGACAGCGCAUCCGACCCACAGUGCUCUAAUGUACCUUUGUCAGCAAAUGAAGCUUCCAAACUGUUCGACCCUUACCUUGGCUACCUUAUAGACGCCGUCUAUGCCGUGGCAUUUGCAUUAGACAAGUAUUUUAGUUGUAGCGCUUUAAACUGCGAACUUUCGGGGGAAGCAUGCUCUGAUAGAAAGCCAUUAGCAACUGACGGAAAGGAUCUGUUGUCCCUCUUAAAAAAUGUCAGUUUCAAAGGACUCACUGGCGUCGUAGAAUUUGACCGCGAAGGUGAUCCCAAGAAUUCUUUCUUUGAAAUUGUGAACGUCCAAAUAAAUAGCACGGGAGCUUCAAAGAAGGCCUUGGUAGGAUCCUGGAGUAGUAGUAAGAAACCAAGGUUGUCACUGAACGACUCCGCGAUCAAAUGGACAAACGCUUCUUUUGCUACAAAGGUACCGUCCUCAUUCUGCAGUCAAGUGUGUCCCCCCGGAACUAGGCAGGAGGUAACCACUUCGUGUUGUUGGAAGUGCGUUACAUGUCCGGGGGGCACAGUCAGCAAGUCACCUGGAUCUACCAACUGCACGGAGUGCCCGCGUAAACAAAAGCCGAACGAUGAUAAAACCAAAUGCGAAGAUCUGCCAGUGAAAAACCUUCACUUCAGAGAUGCAGCUGGUGUAUUCCUUUCUUGCGUGACAGCGUUAGGAUUUUGCAUGACUGUGGCUAUGUUACUUGUGUUUGUGAAAUACCGCGAGACACCAAUUGUGAAAGCCUCGAAUAAACAGCUCAGUUUUCUCCUUCUUGCUACAAUCUUCUCCAGUUUUACUCUGGCGCUGUUGAGCAUUGCAGAACCAACUGAUUCUAUAUGUCGCUUGAUUCAGUUUUCUCGGUACGCAAUCUACACCACUUUUGUAUCCAUAUUGUGGCUGAGGUCAGUUCGCAUUUUCGUCGUUUUCCAAGUCGACAGUUCAGAAUUGCCCUUCCAAAGUUAUAUUUCAAGGGUGAAAUACCAAGUCGGUUUGGUUGCUCUAGUGAACAUUGUCGACAUCGUGUUGUUAACCGCGUGGUUCGCUUCGGAUCCGCCAUUCAGAAACGAGAAGAUACAACCGACCCAAUUCAUCUUCUUCACCUGUAAACUGUACGGGUCGUCGGUCGGAAAAGCGUUAUAUUUCAUGGUCUUUUCGUAUGUGUUGUUGCUUUCAUUGCUUUCGUCUUUUUAUGCAUUCAAAGUUCGCAAAGUGCCAGAUAACUUCAACGAGGCGCGCUUCAUCGGCUUCUCGCUUUACAUAAUUUUGUUGUCUGCACUGUGUUAUUACUCGGUGGAUUUCUCAGUGCAGGAUGCUUGGUAUGUUUCUGUUAUAGCCUGCAGCACGACACUAGUUGAUUCGUUUGGCCUGCUUGGUUGCAUGUUUAUUCCUAAAGCUUUCAUUAUCUUGUUCCGUCCUGAAAAAAAUAAGAAAGAGCUCAUAGGGGCUCAGAUCACUGCGUACGUUCGUAAGAACACGCAGUUAGCCAAUGUGAAUACGCGUGAUAGCAGAUCAGAGAUCAACCAUACCUGCCAAAGCAGCUUAAGUGUCGAUGUUGGGUCGAAGAACUAG